AUGGAAACAGCAACUGAAGACCAAAGCCUCCAUAGCCCCUCUAUCCCAUGCCCCACUGACCAGCCCACUUUCCAACACAACUCCCUUAAAGAAAGGGGCUCAGAUGUGGAGGAGGAAUCAUUCCAAGAAAAAGGCAAGACAUUCCCUUCUCAGUUAAGAGAUAGCUGCACCCAAAGGCAAGGUCUUGAGCCCAAGACAGAUGAGGAGAACUCCAAGGAAACUGAGCUCAAAGGCAGAAACAACUGCAUUGCUCCAUCAGAAUCAGAAGGCUGCUCCCAUCAGGAGAGCUCAAGGAAGAGGAAAAUGGGUUCCGUGGACAGCGCCCGCAACACAAGGGCUUCUCCAAAUGAGCGCAAUAUGAUUUUGGGUAAAAACAAACCGAAGGUCCCCGACGCAGGCCACAGCAGUGAACGUGAAAAGACCCAGGAUGCCUGCCCCAGGAGACCCCGGAGGAGGAGCACUGGGCGCAGCAAGCGGCCCAGAUCCAGGUCUCCAGGAGACCAGCCGCCUCCACUUCGGAGAACCCUGGUGACCUCCCUGCGCACCAUAUCUGAGGCCAUUUAUCAGGACGUAGUUCAGGCGCAGAUCCAGCAGGUGCAUUCGCCGCUGCCCUGGGAGCAGCUCGCCCAGCUCGCCCAGCUCGCCAGUCUCCGGGGUCCUCUGUCCGACCUGGAGCAGACCUUCUACGCCAUGGCCACCCAGGCGGCCUAUGUCUUACCUGCUAAGGGCUGACUGCUCCCAGCCCCACUCCCAGGACCCCAGGGUCCAGCUGAGAAUGGAGGAGAAGCCCGGAGCUCCUCCUAG